AUAAAACUAUGUCGUUUUAUCCUCUCGGGUUUUAUCUGACGCGUUUAGGAGCUAGCGUUCUUCAGUUCACGUCCUUGGUUCUCCGCCCAUCAACGACUACGAGCGUAUAAACCCAUCCCUUCUACCUCGGUUCCUCUUCCCCAUUAUCAGAGCUUUUUUCGCACUUCUUUCGAAGUUUCUGUUCAGAUCCAGGUUUGUUCCCUCUUUUGCUUGUCUCAAUCACAUCCACUCUGUUUGGUUGCUGCGAAGAUUGAGGGGAAAUUGUAAAGGGCACAAUAUGUUGGUAAAAUUUGAUAUUUGUAGCUGAAUCAUAAUAUGAAUAAGUUACUGGAUUUUGGAAGGAAAGCCCUUUUCUAUGUGAGGGUUCUUUCUGGGUAUGAGGAGCGUAGAAUCCGAAAUUAUAGAUUACAGCUUGAGAGGCGUCUCCAACAGGCACAAGAAAGAAAGGCAGCUUUGAGAAAGAUCCCUGAGCAGGCUAUAUUAUCAGAUGUUCGCCGUAUGGUUGAGGAGAUGCAAACUUUAAACCGGAAGCUAGAAGAAACUGAGGCUGCCAUUGAGGAGUAUUUUAAGCCAAUUGACAAGGAAGCUGAAAUUAUAAUGAAGAUGCAGCUUGAAGGGGAGGAGAAGACGAUGAAGGAGAUGAUGAAGGCUAUGCAAACACAGGCUUUGCUUGAAAGAGCUGAAGCAGAAAAAAAUGCAAAUUUACAAAGAGCUGAAGCAGAAAAAAGUGUAAAUUCACAUCAUGAGGACAAAAACCAACAGAGCCAGCAGAUGGAUUCAUCGACGUCCGCCAAGCAACAUGCUCAGAUGAGAUGAUUCCAUUAAUUUGGGGAGACUUAAAAGUAGAUUUUGUUUUAAAAUGGCUUCUCAAGUCUCUCUUGUCUAUGGAUGAUGGCCACUCGAUUAAAAUUGUGAGUUAUACGGAAAGACGUUUCAUAUCCUCCUGUGAUUAUAAUCUGUUUAGUGGGUUGCCUCUGCCUACUUGCAAAUUGUUAGCAGUAUUGAGUUUAAGCAAGGGUAGUGGAAGGGAAAGUUGAGCCACAGUGUUGGUUUAUGAUGAUAAAAAUUAUUAAAUGGGACCGUCCUAUGGUCCUUUCUUUU